AUGUUGAUCGAUCCGUCCGCUCCAUACACUGCGAUUAUCAACACGGCCGCCGGAGCGAUAACGGUGGAAUUGCAAACCCAGCAGACACCGAACACGGUAAACAACUUCGUAUUUCUGGCACGAGAAGGUUUUUACAACAACGUGACAUUCCACCGGACCCUGCCUGAGUUCAUGAUCCAGGGUGGGGAUCCCACGGGUACCGGCGCCGGCCACCCGGGGUAUCGAUUCGCCGACGAACCCUUCUCAGGCGAAUACCGGCGCGGCGUUAUCGCCAUGGCCAACUCGGGGCCCAACACCAACGGCAGCCAAUUUUUUCUGAUGCACGCCGAUUACGGGUUGCCCGCGAAUUACACGAUUUUCGGGCGGGCAAUCUCCGGAAUGGACGUUAUCGACACCAUCGCGACGGCUCCCACAAUACCGGGCCCCACGGGUGAAAAUUCUAAGCCGGUUAACCCGAUUACUAUUCAGUCCAUCGAGAUCUUCGGCCCGUAG